CUUCUCCAUAGACAACCAGAGACAAUUCCACUGGAAAUUGAGGUUGAAAAUUUAAAAGGCCAACAACCAUAACCUCACUUUGAUCUUCCCAUUGUAUUUGUUUACAUUUCUCUCAAUUCUUCAGAAAAAUAAUGAUAAAUCGAACGCAUUGGGGCGGAUUCACAGACGGAAGUGACAAGAAGAAGGAAAUCCAACCAAAUGAGAUUAUCUACUCAGAAACAAGAUGUGAUUUACUGGCGGAAUUACAGCAAAACCACGAAAGGCAGCAUGUGCAGACGGAAAAGCUCCAGUCUGAGAAUGCAAUUGUCACACAAACGGUCGAAGUGAUAAAUCAGAGGGAAAUGGUUCAAACACUAAUAGACACCUAUGUGGAUAAAUCCGGUCUAAACUACGUCCUGAAUCCGUGCCAAAAGAUGCCCAGUAUUGAUUUUCCACCGGGAAAUUCGACGAAUUUGGUAAAAGAAAAUAAUCCCUUUAGCUUUAGUCAACCGCGUGAGUCGAAAUUCACUCGUGGCGAGCAAACAAAGAUCUUCCCACGGCUGGAGAAGGCGGAAGUUGAUGCAGGAAUAAGAAGAUCCCUCGGGGGACUGCUGAAAGUAGCUGGAUUCACAGAGGCACAAGAUUCAGCAAUGGUGAUGUUUGUUGAUGCCGUGGAUUACUUCUACAAAUCCCUCAUGGACUACAGCAAUGAGGCUCUAGCACAGAAUCCUGAUGCUGAGAGGCAUCGGCACUUUGAUGUGAUGACCCUGGAGAGAGCCUACAUGGCCAUGAGUGGGAAAUCACUGACAAAUCUACACAACUACUACCGCAGUAGUGUGAUCGAGAGGAAUAAAGUGGAGAUUGCGGAAUUCAAGAAUAUCUUCGAGGAGUACAAUAAAUUCAUGCAGGAAAGUCAGAAUAUGCACAAAUCCAGUGCGGUGAUCAAGGAGGAGGACUACAUGGCUUUUAUGGACUUCUCCGUGGGCUCUAGGGGGGAUUCAUCCAUUCACGAGAAUCCUCAUUCGAAUAUUCAAUCUGAAUCCGGUGAUUUGAGUGUGUUCCGGGACAUUUUUGAGGGAGAUCUCCUGUCAACGGGCACUGCGGAUGGAAGUAGUAAUUCUCAGCAAGGUCUAGAGCCGGGAACGCUCUGAGCGGAAUAAAUGUUGGUAAUUUUUAGUAA